AGUUACAUUUUAGGUUACAUGUUUGAACUCCGAAAAUUAAAGGCCAAUGAUAAAAUGCUUCCCCCACAUUCAUUCUCAACCGAAGUAAAUCUCCGUUGGACGUACCCGAGUAUCCUGUCAAUGUCACUUCAUCAUUUCCCGAAAUUUUUUGUUUAAAUUUACACCAAAUAUUCCUGUCAUCCUAAACUUAACGAAUGUAUAAAAAUUUGAAGUCGAAAUAUUUGGAGGGUUUAAAAUGGACGUACACGUAAUCCGUUAAUAAGUUCAAUUUACCGCGAAGAUACUGUUGCGUGUACGUACGGUCCUGUCGCAGAAGAGCGAUGGCGCCGCCGAGCGAACUACUGGCUGCAAAAGCAGAGGCAGCAGCAGCAGCAGCGACGGUGACGGCAGUAGCGGCAGCAGUAGCAGCAGUGCGUGUCGCUCUGCGUUCGCCGUGAAAAUUCGGCAAGUGUUCCGCGUGACAGUAGAGCGUGCAAGUUGUAUCGAAGAAUCGAACGAUGUCGAAGUGUUGGCGUCGCGUGAUUCGCUCGAGAUCGCACCAUUCAUCGAAGUGUCAGUGAAUCGUUCGGUCGGCUGUUACUUUUUUCCUUGUUGCGCGAAACCUCUCUUUUUGUCGGCCAACAGGGAUAAUAGGCCGGGCCUAUCAGUACAGUAGGAAAAUGGCGGCUCGCCUUGCGCGGCGUAGACAACGAAGGGCAACGGUGUUUUUCGUGUAACGUGAACGUACGAGGCGAAAAAAAAAGUAACCCUUCCCGGUCGUUCGUUGCGAGUGUGCAGAGCGCGAGUGCGGAUCGUUGGCACGGUGAGAAAUAAAAAAUAAAAGCCCGGAGCUCGUUGAGUGCGAGAUGAGAGCGGAACGUGUAGCGCGAAUGAAAAACAACACGAGAAUCGAGUAACGAAGAACCACUGUGCGUACCGUUCGUACACGCGUGUGUGUUCGCAUGAAAGCGAGUAGCGAUCAACGGUGACAAGUGUUUCGUCGACGGGGAACUUCGUCUUUAGACCCCACGUCGACAAGAAAAUGAUAUUCCGGGCCUCGAGACACCGUCGUGGCUACGUCGAUCAGGAUCCUCGUGCCGCCGUUUGCUGUCGUCGCCAUUGAGCUACGGCCGCUUUCGCGAAAAGCAUUUUUUUCGCGAGAGGAGAGAGAGGCCGUGGACGACGACAACAACAACGACGAAAAGCUGAGGGAAGAUGAGAGGCGCGUGCGACGGCGGCAUUGCGAGCUUUCUCGCUCUGGCGCUCCUCUGUUUAUUCCACGCGUCAUGCUUUGUGGACGGACGGCUGAAGUGUUAUUGCGAUAUCUGCAAGGAAACCAAUCACACGUGCGAAACCGAUGGCUAUUGUUUUGCUAGCACCAGCUUAGAGAACGAUGUUAUCACGUAUGCUCGAAGGUGUUACGAUAAGGUGCGCUUCUUCCCGGCGCCCGAGUACUCGAUCUGGUGCAGCACGAAUAGCACGCUACGCGGUCCAGGCAACAUGGAAUUUGUGAUCGCCUGUUGCGAUCAUUCCGACUUCUGCAAUCGCGACCUAAGGCCCUCUUUUCCCUCUCGCGAGUUCAGAGGUGGGACAUAUUCUCGUGUCACCGACUACCUCAGACGAGUGCAACCGAUUGGCGAUGACGCGACAUGGGUCACUUGGAAAAUGGCCUUGACGAUCGCGAUGCCAAUAUGCGCGAUCUGUGUGGUUGUCAUGGUCAUCUAUCAUGUGUACAUAACCAAACCACCGACCCCACCUGAUCCCGACGACUCGGAUCGACCCAUUCUGGAUGGUGUUACCAUCAGGGACAUGCUGGAGAAGACAACCAGUGGAAGUGGCUCAGUAGGCCUGCCGCUCCUGGUACAGCGGAGCAUAGCCCGCCAGAUUCAGCUGGUGGAGACGAUCGGAAAGGGUCGCUUCGGCGAAGUCUGGCGUGGUCGUUGGAGGGGUGAAAAUGUCGCUGUCAAGAUCUUCAGCUCUCGGGAGGAGAGGUCUUGGUUCAGGGAGGUUGAAAUUUAUCAGACGGUGAUGCUGAGGCACGACAAUAUCCUCGGGUUUAUCGCUGCCGAUAACAAAGAUAACGGCACCUGGACCCAGUUGUGGCUGAUCACGGAUUAUCACGAGAAAGGUUCGCUGUUCGAUUAUUUGAACGUAUCGACUGUGGACACGAACGGUAUGAUCCGAAUGGCCUUGUCGAUCACUACGGGGUUAGCGCAUCUCCACAUGGAAAUCGUCGGUACACAAGGCAAGCCAGCCAUCGCUCACAGGGAUUUGAAGUCGAAAAAUAUCCUCGUGAAGACGAAUGGUACAUGCGCCAUAGGUGAUCUUGGAUUGGCCGUCAGGCAUGACGUGAGAACAAACACCGUCGAUAUUCAACUGAACAAUCGGGUCGGCACCAAGCGAUAUAUGGCACCCGAGGUUCUCGAAGAGACGGUAAACAUGAACCACUUUGAAUCCUUCAAGAGGGCUGACGUGUACGCUCUCGGGCUGAUCCUCUGGGAGAUCGCCAGGCGAUGUAACGUCGGCGGGAUUCACGACGAAUAUCAGUUACCGUUUUACGACCUGGUGCCUUCCGAUCCAACGAUCGAAGAGAUGCGUAAAGUUGUAUGCACCGAUAGGCAGAGGCCCUCGAUACCGAAUCGGUGGCAGUCCAUCGAGGCAUUGCAAGUGAUGUCAAAGGUGAUGAAAGAGUGUUGGUACCACAAUGCGGCAGCUAGAUUAACCGCGCUUAGGAUUAAAAAGUCAUUGGCCAAUUACGGCGCGAUGGAGGACCUAAAGUGAAAAAAAGGAGACGCUUCUGGACACGUCAGUUGUCCCGUUGGUUCGAACGAAGGAGAGAACGAAAGUGCUCGAAACACACUUGUGGACACUCAAUUUACCGUAACACUUAUCGCAAUAAAAACUUUUUAAGUGCCGUGUUACUGCGUGCGAGAAAGAGAGCGAGUCAGAGAGCGAAAGGGAGAGGAAGCGAGUGCGAUUGAGAGAGAGUGAGAGAGAGACACUGAUCGAAAUGAGAAUUCUAUAGAGAAGCAGAGAGCCUAAUGAAAGACUGGUAAAAAAAAAUCGAGACGACGUUCCUUUAAUCGCGUUCACUUCGUCGCGUCGUAAUCUAAUUUUCAUUAUCAGCUUGUAUACGGCAGAAUUAUUCUAUGCAAGAUGAGGUCGUAGUCAGCCACUCGAGGGAUGUUUUUCGAAAACGUGAACGAGCAAUGACUAAUGUGGACAGGGUUGACGGGGAUUCUUCAGAUCUGAUACGGUGACCGCUCGAUAAAUGCUUGCUGCUUUAAUGUAUGUUAGAGUAAUCAUAUAUGUAUAGCACAUACUUGUUUACGUAUAGGCAUGUAGUUUACUCUGUUACUCGUCAAGGAAUAAAUAGAAUAUAUGUAAACAAUGAUCCUUUGGUACAGUAAGAAUUUAAUUGCAUCGAGUCAAAUCAUAUUGAAUUGAAUCACGUCAAUUUGAAUUUCUUGCGUUUCAUCACGUUGAGUCGAACCACGUUAAAUUGCAUCAUGUUGGAUCGAAUCGCAUCAAAUUAAUACAUAUUGAGUUGGAUCGCAUUGAAUUGAAUCGUGUCAACGUCCUAUUCAAUUUACUUAAGAACCCUAUACUUUCGGAAGAAACAAAUUCCAAGCCUCAACCACAGGUAUUUAUCAAACGGUUACCGUAUCAAAAUUAUCAGUUCGUCAAUGGAUCCAUCAAGCUACCAAAAAAGGUAUAAAAACGCGCAAAAUGAGUUUGGUUAACCGAAUGAUCGCGCCUGAUCACGCGUCACACUGCUACUGUAUAUUUAUUGAUAAGGUAAUGAAGUAUAUAAAUUUAUUAUAUAGCGACCAUUAUUGAGUAAUAUUAACGAAUAUCGAUAAAUUUGUAUAUUAAUAUAUACGUACGUACACACACACAUACACACACGAGCGCGCGUAUAGUUAUGUAUAUUCGUUUUCGGGCUACAAGAUUCGCUUAACCAAACUAUCAUGGACAGCUGUUCAUCGAGACGGAAUUAUUUCGAGAUUAAUAAUUAUUAUGAUUGAAUCUUGAUGGAUCGAUCGACGUCUCUCGAUAUUGGAUCUUCCUCGCCAGGCGAAUUUUUUCCUUUGGUAGGAUCGACUAGAGUUACGAUAAAGGCCUCCGUGACGGAAUAGCUUUUCUAUUGUCUACAUUUUUCUGUUUCUUCUUUUGUACGUCGUAUGCAGAUUCGUUACUUUACCGGUGCAUGCAGAGACUGGACUUUCUUUUUCGGGAGCAUAUACCAUACACACCGUGUUACAAGAGAAAUGCAUAUCUUUGUUUCUCGUUUUAGCGUUUUGUAUAGGGUGUUUCAACAAAUCAGUCCUAUCAAGUAUUUAGAAAACUGUUGAUGAUACAAAUAUUUUAAAGAACUGAAUAAUUUCAAGGGGAGGAUUGGAUAUAAGUAAUUUUUUUGUCAAUGGACAUAUAGAAGGCAGCUAAUAUUUUUUUAUAUUCAAUUGCGUAUUUUUAAGUAUAUUGGUUCUUCUGAAUACCCUCUGUAAAAAUGUAGUAGUGCACUAUGAUUAAAAGAAUAACAGUUGAGGUAUUUUAUCAUAAACUGCAAGUUGGAAUAUUAAAAAAGAUAAAGUAUACCUCAACUUUAUCUCAACUAAAUUAUUUUAAUACCAUAUCAAUUAUGUACUCUACAAGACAAAUUUUUAUUUUAAAUAUUUUUCGACAUCAUCAGCAGAUGUAUAAAUAUUCGAUGGACCUGAUUUAAAAAAUGGAGCACUCUGUAUACAGGGUCGAGCGUAUCGAUUCUGUUCAUGUAUACAGGGUAGAUAGAGGAGCCGAACAAUUAAUGAUUAUCAAAUAUGAAUAAACACGUGCAUCAGGUGCACGUGAGAAACUAUGAUUUAAAUAGGAACAUGAAACAAUACUCUUCCUAAAAUUUUUUUUUUUUUGAGAUCAAACUCUUCCGGUAUACUAAUUAAGUUUAUACUCAAGGUUUUUACAACGAACAUAUUUUUCCACGAUUUUCGAUUUCGUUUCUUACACCGGAUAUACAUAUACAUAUAUAGUAUACACACUGGCGCGUAUUAUUAGCGUAGACAUUAGAGGUGCUGCUAUUGAUUAUCGGUAAAUUAUCGAUACCUCAUUGAUAUUUAACGAUGUAUUGAUAAUAUUGUUAAGAUAUUUAAGGCUAAUGCGAGUGAAUAUUUGUGUGCACGAGAGAUUAGGAUGUAAUGUGUAAUUUUAUCAUUUGGAUUUAUAUAUUUAUUCGUGUUUAUACUUCUAUUCUAUUUAAACUAAUUUUAAACGUAAAUAACAAGUUGAUUACAAUAUCCAUACUUGAUAUUUAUACUUGAGAUAAUUUAUUUGUUCAGUCAAAAAUAAUUUUAUUCAAUAUUUAAAAUUAUUGUAGUAAAAGAAACAUAGAGAGUAGGAUUUAGUAUGCUAUUUUUAAACCUCAUUGCAAAGAAAAAGUUCGAGCGUUUAAUACUUAUUAAUGAACAAAGAAUGUUAUCAGCACUUAUCAGAGACGCAAUGAGGAAAAUGGCGGCAAUCAAACUUAACCAUGCGUUGCCUGUCAAUCUUUCUAUAAAUAAUUCUCCACAAAUUCUAUUGAUAAAUUGAAGCUUGAAAUUAUGCAAAUCAGCUUGUGAUAACUGUAUGUUUUUCCUGUUAAGGGGAUCCAAAAAUUUUAUUAGCAUCUACUUUUAACUGAUAUAUUUAUGCAUCGCAUUAGGUGACGUCAGAAGUUUAAACGAUGACAAAUAAAUUUAAAUGACAAAAUUACACAUGAGUCUUGCUGCAACAGUAUCUUAAUAGUAUUAUUGAUAUAUCGAGUUAUCGAUAUCAACAUCUCUAGUAGACAUACCCAAAUGUUUUGCUCAAGACAAAAUAUUUUUGCGUAUUAUCGCAAUACGCGAGCUGAAGGCGGUGCGUCACGAUACGCGGGACUUUCGAAGCGUGUUUCCUUUGUAACACAGGAAGGCUGAAAUUGAAGGGUGCUAAGCUCAAGAAUGACUGUACUAUUUGCGUGCGAGAGAGAAUGAAAAAUUAAAGAGAGAGCGUGCAAGACAGACUGAACGAGGAAGAGACUAAACGAUUAAGCGAAAAGAAAACGAGAGCGAGAGAAAUGAAGAAUUGAUAAAAUAAAAAAGUAAAUCAUUGGAGAAACUAUAUUUUCGGGAAUUUUUUCGUGGAUCGAUGAAAGGAAACGGGGAGAUACGACUGAUGAGAACGAUGAUAAGCUUCGAUCGCGAGCGUCCUCGAUCGUCCUCCUUCCAUUUUCACGAGUGAUAUUUUAUAUGUUUCUUUUAAAUUCGAAUUUUCGGAAGAGACAAACGAGAUCGCUCGUGGUCGUAGCACGCGUUACUUGCGAACACAGAGACGGGUGCAUCUGUUGUGAAACGAGUGCAGAGUGCGAGGAUGCGUAUGGUAUGUCUCUCUGCGAAGCUAAACCAUGGUUGAAAACUCGAGUCUGCAUGGUUCGUUAAAUCGGUAAUGUUAAAGAAAAAAAGAAAAAAAAAUACAGAAAAAAUCAGCGGAGUGCUCGAUGAUGUAUCACGAAAGCGCGAGCACGGAAUAACAAAAUAGAAGAAGAAGAAGAAGAAAUACAAUAGAGAAAUUACGUAAGAGAUAAUCAGCAAGAAGAGAAGUGAAACAGAAUCUUUGUCAUCCAAUAGUCAAUGUAAAAGUCUGCGAACCUUGCGAUUAUUAAUUGUAUAAAAGAACGGAGGGUCCUUCGAACACAUAACUGUAUUUUUA